GGCAGAUCGGUAAAAAUCCCAAACGACAAACCCCCAAAACUGCUUCUCCAAAGGCACCUUUUGCGUUUAUUUUUGAAGUCCGACUCCGUGACCUCGGUAAGCUGGCCAGCACCUUGGUAUUUGGGUAGCCCCACGUUCCCCAAGGAUCCAGCUCCAUAUCUCGGGCCUGACGACGGCAUAGGUUCAUUGUUGAAACCCCAACCUUCUCAAGAAGUUAUCUGCGCAGCUUUUCACGUAGAUAUCGUCAUUGUAUCGCAAAAGCCUCGCCACAUAUCAGUGAUCAUCGGGAAUUGGAAUCGCUGUGCCAAGCUGCAGCUACUGGAGUUCGAUUGAGGGUAGAGCUAAGAACGUUCGGACAGUCUCCAAAAUUAAGGCGAAGAAACGGGAACCAUGGCACUAGUCACUGCCGCAGCGCUGGCUGGCAGCAUGGCCUCCAGCAUGUACGUAGAUGCCAAAUACCACAUCUCCAAGGACUUCAAGGCCAUUAGAGGUCGACGAACGAUGACAAAAUUUGUUGAAAACUCGAUCAAGAACAGCCGUGUUUCUCCCUAUUACUUCUUCGAAGAAGCGGUCCAGAAGCAUCCGUACGAUGAAGCCAUCUGGACGCGAAGCGGCAGCGUGUCGUGGAAGUUGACCUACGACCGAGCGAACCAGUAUGCACAGAUGUUCUUGUCGCAAGGGGUCAGGCCUGGGGACUUCGUUGCGAUUCUCAUGCAAAACUCGCCCGACUUUGCGUUCGCCUGGGUUGGACUACUUGCCAUUGGCGCGGCGCCCGCCAUGAUUAACUACAACCUUGUGGGCAAAGCCCUUCUCGGCUGCAUCGAAAUCAGCACCGCCAAGCUCGUAGUGGUGGACGGAAGCCCUGAGAUUGCCGCCAAGUACAACGACGUUCAGACCGAGUUGGACCUCAAAGGCGUCAAAGUCGUCAACAUUGGGGAGGAGAGGGAAAGAAUAUACCAGAUGGAUCCCAUUCGACCGAGAGACGAGCUCAGGAAGAAAUUGACGCCAGCUGAUGCAAUGGCCAUGUUCUACACAAGUGGGACUACCGGCCUACCAAAGGCUGUCGUCAUGCCUGCCGCUGCUGCAGGUAGCCUUGCAUUGUCCAAUGACCUUGGCUUGCAUCCGACAAACGGCGGCAAUGAGAGAUGCUACAUUUGCAUGCCGUACUAUCACGGGACUGGUGGUAUUACCAUGAUAUCCCAGAUUUUGUCCGGUUCCACAGUCUGCAUGGCGCCCAAGUUCAGUGUCUCGAACUUCUGGCAAGAUGUCCGUGACUCCCACGCGACUUGGUUCGUCUACGUUGGAGAGACUCUUCGAUACCUCUUGGCCUCGCCGCCCUCGCCGCGCGACAAAGACCACAAUAUCCAUGCCGUCUUCGGCAACGGAUGCCGACCCGAUGUAUGGAAACGCUUCCAGGAGAGGUUCGGCAUCGACACGAUCUGCGAAUUCUACAACAGCACCGAGGGCGCAUUGGGGCUUCGAAACCUCUCUCGGGGAGACUUCUUUGCGAAUGCUCUUGGUCACCACGGGCUUCUGCUCCGACUCAAGUACAGAAACAUGGUGGUACCUGUAGAGAUUGAUGCGGAGACCGGUAACAUCAAGCGAGAUCCAAAGACUGGACUCGCCUUGCGCGCAUCAUAUGAGGUCGGUGGAGAGAUCCUGGUUGAGCAUCCAGGAGAACGAGCAUUCCCGGGGUACUUCAACAAUGAGGACGCCACCAACAAGAAGUUUGUCCGCGAUAUCCUGAAGAAGGGAGAUUGCUUCUAUCGGACUGGAGACUCAUUACGGCGCGAUACUGAAGGCAGAUGGUUCUUCCUUGACCGUCUAGGUGACACGUAUCGCUGGAAAGGAGAGAACGUCUCGACUGCGGAAGUCUCAGAGGUCCUUGGCAGCUAUCCGGGCGUCAACGAGGCAGUCGUCUACGGCGUCCAGCUUCCCGGCCAUGAUGGUAAAGCUGGCGCGGCAGCCCUCGACAUCGCUGCGGAUCAGAAGGGGUCGUUUAACUAUACCGACUUCCUCAGUUUCGCCCGAUCAAAGCUGCCAAGAUACGCUGUGCCAGUCUUCAUCCGACUCUUGAAUGAGGGAACGGCGACGCACAACAAUAAGCAGAACAAGGUGCCGCUGAAAAAUGAGGGCGUUGAUCCAAGCAAGAUCCAAGGGGGUGAUCAACUGUUGUGGAUCGAGAAGCACGGGAAAGGCAACACAUAUGUCCCAUUCACUCAGGAUGACUGGAACAACCUCGGUAUGGGCAAGGCUAAGCUGUAAUUGUUCUAGAGAGGCACAUCGUGUAGAUAAACGGUGUGAUGAGGAGUCACACGAAUGCUCAAAAUGUCUGAAAAGUAACCCCAUGUUACCUUACUAAAGAUUCUUGUCGAUCUCGGGGAACUUACCAAAACCGACCACUUUAU